GCAGCACUAAGCGACCGCACGCGCACGGAUUUCAGAAUUCGCUAGUCUUUAUUUUAAAACUCUAAGUAAAAUUUAAUAUGCGUUUCGCACAAAUUGUGGUAGGACCUGCUGGUAGUGGCAAGUCUACCUAUUGUAGCUACAUGCAACAGCAUGCUAUGGAUGGCAAGCGCAACAUUCAGGUUGUCAACUUGGAUCCAGCAGCGGAGCACUUUAAUUACACACCAUUAACAGACAUACGAGAGCUGAUACAUCUGGACGAUGCCAUGGAGGACGAGGAGUUACACUAUGGCCCCAAUGGUGGUCUUAUAUUUUGCCUUGAGUUUCUCAUUGAGAAUCAGGACUGGCUAAAAGAACAACUGUGCGGCGGAGAAGAUGAACUAAUGCUGGGAGAGCCCGAUGAUGACUACAUACUGUUCGAUAUGCCUGGCCAAAUCGAACUAUUCACACAUCUGAAGAUGGGCAAGCAGUUGGUGGAGCUAUUAGAAUCCUGGAAUUUCCGCACUUGUGUUGUUUUCUGCCUGGACUCGCAGUUCAUGGUCGAUGGCGCUAAGUUCAUAUCAGGAACGAUGGCAGCGCUCAGUGUCAUGGCCAACAUGGAGCAGCCGCACGUGAACGUGCUAACCAAAGUGGAUCUCUUGAGCGCCGAGGCGCGCAAGCAGCUGGAACUAUAUUUGGAGCCAGACACGCAUAACCUAAUGGGUGAACUGACAAUAGGUACGGGGUUCGGCGAGAAAUAUCGAAAGCUAACUGAAGCAAUUGGCUCGCUCAUCGAAGAUUUUAGUUUGGUGCGCUUUUUUCCAUUGAACGUCGAUGAUGAGGAGAGUUUGAGCGAUCUUCUGCUACAGAUCGAUAGUAUUUUGCAGUAUGGAGAGGAUGCCGAUGUACAAGUACGAGAUUUUGAUGAGCCAGAAGUAAAUGAAAAUGACGGCCACGUUCCUGAUAUGUAGGAGCUCUUACAUUUAAUGUAAAUAAUA